AUGGCUUCCAGCACAGCAAACCCUGCUAACCAUUUGCCAUACUUCUUUGGUAAUAUCACACGUGAAGAUGCUGAGGAGUAUCUGAUGCAAGGAGGAGUGAGUGAUGGACUAUACCUGCUCCGCCAAAGCCGGAAUUACCUGGGGGGCUUUGCCUUAUCCUUGGCCCAUGGAAGAAAAGUUCAUCACUAUACAAUUGAGAGGGAGCUGAGUGGCUCAUAUGCUAUUGCAGGGGGCAAGUCUGCUGAACUCAUUAACUACCACUCAGAGGAAACGGAUGGCCUUAUCUGUCUACUGAGAAAACCUUUCAACCGACCACCAGGUGUCGAACCCAAAACAGGACCCUUUGAAGAUUUGAAAGAGAAUCUCAUCAGAGAGUAUGUCAAACAAACUUGGAAUUUGCAGGGCCAUGCUCUUGAACAAGCCAUCAUUAGUCAGAAGCCUCAGUUGGAGAAGCUGAUUGCCACUACAGCCCAUGAGAAGAUGCCAUGGUUCCAUGGAAGGAUCUCUCGGGAGGAGUCAGAGCACCGUAUCCUCGUUGGGUCAAGAAACAAUGGAAAAUUUCU